AUGAGUGAAAGUAAUAACUUAAACCAGUUGACCGUGUCGGAAAGGUUUCACCUUGCAAGAGGAAAAUAUGAAGAUAUAAACAACAACAACAAUACAUCAGAUCGACAGGAUUCUCUUCAGUACCAGCAACGCCUCCAAGAUCUCAUCACCGAAUUUGAACUCAUUUUACAGAUUGUCCAGUCUCUUGCAUUAUUCAGUGAUAACGAACGACUACUGGAACUCACCACGUCAUACAUCCCGUACUUGAACCUAUGGUUUUACUUGUCUCAAUUAUACUCCAAACUCCAAUUAAAACAAGGCAAAGUUUCACUAGAUUUCAAACCAGAGUAUCUUAAAUUGGCAAGACUGUAUGCUAUUGAAUUCUUAUCCAAUUUGCAAAACUAUGGAAUCUUGGACAAAGACCAAGCGCAAAGAUUGAAACUCAUCGACAAAGGUGAAGAGAUUAUCAUGUCGCCACAGUUGAAGAGACAAGAGAAAAUCGACAAUUACAAGAAAGAACAACAGUUGCAUCAUCAGUUGGCGGUAUUAACCGAUUUGAAACAUGAUUUGAAUGAGCGGUUUGAAGAUGAGACGUUGAAAGCGAUAUACAUCGAUCAAUUGAAAUUCCACAUUUUGAAAGCAUUUGACUCAAUAGGGUUGAUCGCGAUGGAAAUGGAAGUACUCGCAAACAAACCCCAACCCGGCUCAGAUGCAUCACAGAUCAGGUCAGCUGGUAUUGAUGAUAGAGUAUCCAAUGCAACAAGUACUGAUUCAACUGGGUUUACAACUAGGGUUGAACAACGACCAGAUAAGAAACAGAUUUCGGACCUUAUUUCCAAACAAGGCAAGAUUCUCCAGCCAUUCACAAUCACGUCCAAAUCCCAAUUACGCAAUCGUGUUUUUGGCACGGGACAAGUGUUGCCAUCAAUGACAGUGGAGGAGUAUUUGGAUUAUGAGUUGGCCAAUGGGAAGAUGAUGAAGGAGGAAGUGAAGGAUACAAGUAAAGGCUCCGAUUAUGAAAGUGAUGAAGAUGACGAGGCCCAGUUGGAGAAGAGAAGGUGGGAUGAUUGGAAGGAUGAAAAUCCAAAAGGUGCCGGAAAUAUGAAGGCAAAUAUUGGAUAA